UCCCCUUUGUGGCAACAGGAAGUCUCUCUCGCAACAGCUGGAAGCUCCUGGAGGUGCCCGGAUAAUGACCAGGGCUGUUCGAUCUUUAAGUUCAGCUCAUUUAAUCCACUCGUGCUCCAGUACCUCACCUUCAGUCAUCUCAAACAUUGUUUUGAUGAAAGGUCAGGGAAAGGGACUGGGCUUCAGUGUGGUCGGAGGAAGAGACAGUGUGUACGGACCAAUGGGUAUUUUUGUAAAGACAAUAUACCCAGAAGGAGCAGCAGCUGCUGAUGGCAGACUGAGGGAAGGAGAUGAAAUACUUGAGGUGAAUGGAGUUUUGAUGAAUGAAUUAACCCAUGAUGAAGCUAUACAAAUAUUUAAGCACGUGAGGAAAGGAGUACUUACAUUAACAGUCAGGACUUGUUUAAGGAGCCCCGGCCUCAGUCAGGGCCAGUCAGGAGCUGAACAUCUGAGCCGCUCAUGGUCAACCAGUUCGACUGCUGACUUUAGCAGAGGAACCUGUUCAAGUUCGGAACUGGAUAACAUGCUGUUCCUACAAAAGACACCACAUCCUAAUGACAGGAUUAUUAUGGAGGUCGCCUUAUUCAAGGAGGAUGGUGUUGGUUUGGGAAUCGGGUUGUGCAGCGUGUGCACACCCCUGCAACCAUCUGGCAUUUAUAUCCACACUCUCUCUCCGGGAUCUGUAGCACAUCUGGAUGGGAGACUCCGGUGCGGUGAUCGCAUUUUAAAGAUUAAUACAACAAGUGUCCACAAUCUGACCCUGAAUGAGGUUUACACUCUCCUACAGCAUUGCAAGUCUGGACCUAAUGAUCUAACGAUUAGCCGGCAUCCUGAUCCCCUGAUUUCUGAACAGCAAUUCAAUGAAGCAAUUUUAUUAACUGUUGAAAGUGCUCGGUUCAAUAAGGACAGUAAUCCAUGGAGUACGCAAGACCAAAGGAGAAAUGAAAUCCCUUUCCACAGAAAGCAAAUGUGGGAGAGAUACACAGACAGAAAUUUCACCAAAAAAUCGCAGAAGCCAAUGACACGUUCGAGCAGUGACAGCAGUUACUUCAAUAGUCCGACUACAAACAGUGGCACUAUCUUCUACAUUAACCACAGCAAAGGCUUCCAGACAGGAAUACCUGGCUCUGAUGGUCAAAUGGGCACACACACUGACUCUCUUGGCUUCACAUCACCAAAUGGACCAGAAUACUCUCCCACUUCCACUAAGGAUUUACAUUCAGCUAAAAUUAAAGAGCUUGAUAAGUGUGCCGCAGAAAUGAUGGAAAGAAACAUUAAUGAUUCAAAGAGGAUGUGUCCACAAACCCCUCCACCAAGGAUUGGGACCAGUCUGCAGAAAGACCAACUUGCUAUAGAAGUGAAUGGAGGUCUCCACAUGCACACAAAGGAUGGACCAUCUCAGAAUGACCUUUCUCAGGAAAUAAAGACUCAGAAGCCACGAGAGGACAAAGCAGUUUACAUUGACAGCAACCUCCUCACGUCAGGACUGGCUGGAGAUCAGCAUUUAACUGUCCUGGACUCAAAUUGGCUUGAAUUAAGAGGAGCAAAUCAAGCUAACUGCCCAGCAAGGCCACUGCUAAGAAGGCAGGCGUGUGUGAAUCUGUGCUGUGAGGGGGAGAAACAGGAAGCCUGCAAGCAGACUGCUGAAGAGACCGAAAACCUCCAAACGAGAAGUAUAUCUGCAAUGAUGGAGGACUCGGGGGGUGAAGUUGUUCAUAACGCAAUGGAGGAGAACCAAGCAACUGCACAAUCUCACGGACUUUCCAAACAGUCAGCUCCCCCUCCAAGAGCAGAAAGUCAGGAUGGAACUGAAAGCAAACACAGUCCGUUUACCAAUGGACUGUCUGAUGGAGAUGGUUCUGUGGAGAACAGCAAUUCAAACUCGACUGUUUCCAAAUCUAUUGCUUCACAUAAAAAUGAGACAAGUCAAAGCUUGCCUCCAGCUGAGGAUGUGGAAGGGCGAACUUUGAAGCAGCUCGACCCCGUUCUAACUGACACGGCAGUAGAGGGAAGAAUAUCAGAGCCUUCAUCCAAAUAUGCUUUCCCCUCACGCUCUCAAGUUACAGGAUCCAGAAAUGAUCAAACAGGAACAUCUCCAACAGAUGACCCUGAACUACAGGGAAGAGCAACAGCCUGUUCAUUUGAAGCCGGCAGGAAUCGCAUUUUAAUGGGCGGUUUGAAAACCGAGAGCGGUGCCACUACUUCAGCAGCAGAAAAGACCAGUGUAAAGAAAGGGCCACCUGUUGCCCCCAAGCCAGUGUGGUCCCGCCAAAGUCUGAAAGCUUCAAGGAAUGGGAUGGAGGUGCCUGACACCAUGACGAAGAGCAGCAAGGAGAGGCGCUUUGGUUCAUCUCGAAAUGUAGCUCCCCAAGCCCAGUCCAUAAAACAAAGGAUCUAUUCAUUUGAAACACUUUCUAGUGCUGACACCCUGGACAAAGGGAACAAAAGGGACACUUGUUCACCAUCUCCGGUUUCAGCUAAAACCGUGGAAAGAACCGUCUCUGCGCCAAGUAUUGAACGUGAUUCUAAAGCACCGCCUCUACCUCCAGUCCCUGCCACCCAGCCCCCUGAUAAUGGGAAAGCAGUGACUGUAUCCCAGAAGGUAGGGGCUGAGGUACCAGCUGAAGCUCGAGAUGGCAAGAUAUACUCGAGCUGCGGUCCAAGGAGAAGUAACAGUGUGAGUAGUGAACUAUCCACCUCUCCAUGUGGCUCCCCACAGGUACUGUCACAGCUGGUAAAGUCACCUGGCCUUCGAACUAGGAGCUUCCCACUAGCCUCCAAUUCCUCAUAUGAUGUUUUUGAAGUUAAAGGUAUGAGAGAAGGAUUGCUGUCUGCAAGCAGUGACAAGAUACACACCAUCAGCAACCAGGUCUCGCAUGCUCUGAUGAAAAGUGUACUUGCAUUUCCACAGUCACCAGGAUCUUGGUGUGGAAGCCCCAGGAACACGUGCCCUAGCUCUCCUUACUCUCCUUCCGACCAGGACCUAUUGUGGACUGAUCAAUCCCCAUUGGCAUCACCGACGGUUAACAACUGUCAGCUGGAGAAAGGCUUCUCUCUCAGUCUUGCAGAAUUACGAGUCUGCACUAUCAGUCUGACAGAUGAAAAUCAGAGCAAAGAUGAUAAAAGGGAACGCUCCUCAUCGUUAUCUGCCUGUGUUUCUGCCCAGUCGGUCAUAUCCUCGAUGCCUGCAGACGAGCUGGAGAAACUGAUCGAGGAAGUGAAGAGCUUGGAUGAGGAGACCUUAAAGCAAUUUGAAGACAUUCAUGUUGUGGUCCUGCACAAAGAGGAAGGGUCUGGUCUUGGAUUCAGCAUCGGUGGAGGAAUCGACCUGGAAAACAAAGUGACAACUGUUCAUAGAGUGUUUCCAAAUGGACUGGCAGCUCAGGAAGGGACCAUCCAAAAAGGAGAUGAGAUUCUAUCGAUCAAUGGACAAUCUCUGAAAGGUGUUACUCAUAUGGAGGCUCUAGGCAUCUUACGGCAGGCCCGACUGCCAAAGCAAGCAGUGAUUGUAAUACACAAGGGCAAGGAAGGUGAAAGGAAGCUGAGUAUUCCGACAGAAAGCUCAGCAACUGACAGUCCCACAAGCUCAGCAGCAGACAAUAACGUGAACACUUUCACUGUGGAACUUGAAAAAAAUGCAGGAGGUUUGGGCUUCAGUCUGGAAGGUGGGAAAGGCUCCAUUAACGGUGACAAGCCAUUGAUUAUCAACCGGAUCUUUAAAGGGGGUGCCCUUGACCAGAACAACAUUAUCCAGACUGGUGAUGAGCUGCUUCAAGUGAACUCCACCAUCCUGCAAGGUCUGAGCCGUUUUGAGGCUUGGAACGUCAUCAAGUCCCUGCCGGAUGGGCCCUGCACAGCGACAAUUAGGAGGAUUGGUCCAAUUCCUAGCACUGCCAAAGCAUCACAAGAUGCUGAAUAAAGCCCCUAAUUACCAACUAAGGACUUUAUAAACUUAAUGUAGAGACAUCUCUUCCACAUAAUUCAGCUAAGCUAUAACGUGGAUUACAUACUAAUAUCCACAGGGAUGCACUGUGACAGAUGGGGUUGUUAGUCUUUUAGACUGGUUAUUCUUGUGAACAGAUUGAGGUGUUAUCUUUAUUAAGUCCUUUUAUUCAUCUCCAGCAAGCAGUCUUAUUGUGACAAAUUCAGGCUUGCUCCUUGCUCUUAUAAACACUUACUAUCCCCAUAUCCAAUAGUGUGUGCUGGCCAAGACUUCAAUCUGACAGCUCCCUCAGCUCAUUACACUCCUGCAUGUUUAAGUUUGUGCCCAACUUUUGUUAAUGCAUGUAACACAAACAACUUUAUGAAUUGCUAAUUGCCUUAUUGCAGGUACAUGGUCACAUCCUGCUAAUGCAUAAGCAGGAUGCUACCCAACAAAGCAAAAAGUUAAUAAAUACUUUGUCUACUGUUUCAUACUGUCCACACCCUCCACAAAGGUGCCAAUCUCCAUUGCAAAGGCAGAAUUCCUACUUCUACUGCUGUACCAUUUCCUGUUCCAUCCUCCAUUAACUAAACUUA